AUGAUCGUAGGAACAAGAGAUGAUCAAAGAUUUCGUGCAAUUGAUGGGAGUGUUGUCAAUAUUAAUCAGAAACACAACACGACUGCAGGAACUAGAGAGAGUGACAUAGGGAUUAGUUCAAGCCAUGAGAUAAAGAAUGCAAAGCUUCAAGAUUUUCUUAGAUCAAGUGACACAUUAAGGCUAACAUUGAGUGCAUUAAAUGCAAAAUUAUCAUCUUUUCGAGGUUGGCCGAAUAUGAACAAAAAUUGGUUUGCACUUUACAAGAUGCCUUUGCAAGUUCCUAAAGAAGACCAGUCAAAAGGACAACAACUUCUCAUUGGAACAAAAGUAUUGGAAGGAACUCGCUACGCCUUGCGUCCUAAUGGUUCCGCAAUGUUUAUAGUGAAUAUCAACGAGCCUUCAUCUGAACCAUUUCCUUGGAACACUGAUAGGGAAUCAUUAUCGAUGAAUAUCGAACACACUUUUGUGGGAGAAGGUAUUGCAGGUGGCUGUGGAUUCAAAUAUCCAGGAUUAAAAUCUGGUUCCUUCUUUGUGUUUCAAAAUGGUGAUCUUGCCUUUGUUUGGAAGGAAUCAAGAGAUGUUUUGACCCUGCAAAGACUUAACUUGCAAGAACUUUUGAAGAAAGGAAGAAGAAUACCUUCUCUGCCUCCCAUUGACAAUUUUUCAUAUUUAAUGAAGUCCUGCUUAAAUGUGUUUACAAGCUAA